AUGGAGUUGUUGAAGGGCCUCGACUUCGGCCAUCUGCGACACCGAGACCGUGACAACGUAGGGCGCCACGCGACAGCCAACACAGGGGGGUCCUGGUCUGCCCAGUACAGAUACAAGUACACUACAAGUACCUGGCAGACUGCUGCUUUAACCCUAACCCUUAUUUUGGGGAUAGAGGCGAAUUGGCUUCAACGGAACGAAGCGUUGAACAAACACAAGCCGCCUUCCUCCCUUGAAACCUCUGUUCCUGAAGAGGUUGGAUUGAUCACUCGGUACCGGUUAAUCUACAAACAACCUCCAAGUAAUCAGAAUCACAAACGUGAGCAUGAAUCGGGAGAGCUUCGGAUAGCAGUCACCGACAGACAGCAUUUGAAGCUCCUUGUUUACGUGAAACCCGAGAGCUGGCCUGAAACUGAAGUGAGGUGCCAAAUUGCCAAACGCCAAACCGGGGGCGGCCAGAGCUUCUGCCCGCCGCCGGACGGGAGCAAGGCGCUCAGAGCUGGAGACCUGAGAGACCUUUGCUGAGGUCGGGGCAGAGGAGCAGGAUGGAAACGG